AUGCGGCAUCUGCUCGAGCGCAACCACGAGAGGCUUCUCAAGUACUACCUGAGGAAAUGCCCGAGGCUGUAUCGGAUCUGCUUCGAUCCGAGCGAGGGCAGCCACCGAAAGUCGCGCACGGCUCUCAGGCUCUUGCUCGGACUCGUUCUCGGCCUGCUCGUCUACGCCCUGAUCAUCGCCGACUUGCAGCUGGACGCAUUCGCCGGCCGACUGACCGGCGCCACGCUCGACUUGCUGCUGGCUCUCGGCUGCGCGACCUCGCUCCAAUUCCGGUGCGUGUGCCUGCUGACGAUCCCCGGGCUGUUCGGCCGAGCCGGCCGGGGAGCGUUGAAGGCGCUCGCCCUGGGAUACGUCGUUGCCGGGCCGAUCUCCAACCUGAGCUUCAACGCCAAGGAGGUGAUGCGCAGUUUCGGCUGCACCGCUCAGCUCACCUACAAUUUGUCCAAAACUAAGUAUGAUUUGAUGCUCCGGCCCUUUCAUCAGGUAUAUCAUUACGCGGUGAUUAUCUCGUGCGGGCGCGCGGGGGCCGGGGCGAAGGCGACACUGCUGUACGCGGCCAACGCGGGCCGGACCACCCAAGUCGACGGCUUUCUGAAAAAUGACCGGCGCUAUUUGUCGUUUCUCUCCUCGUCCGCUUUUGUCUUAUCGACUUUUCGGGCUAUUCUCACGGCCGACACGGCGCACAGCCUGCGAGCGCUCUCGAACGAUUGUCCCCGCGUCGAGCCGGGCUCGCGGCUCCGAUCGCUCUCCGACACCGCGCCGCGUUCCGCCGUGAAUCCGGAGGCCGAGAUAAAGGAGGCGAUAGGCUCGAUAAGCGAGCUCAUGGAGCCGCUCGCGGAGGAGAUCGAGGCCGAGGACGGCCCGCUGUUUCCGGAUUACGAGGAGGGCAGCGCCGAGAUCGGCAACGAGACCUCGGCCGCGAGGACGAAACGAGAGCAAAUCGCGGACGCCCGGCGCUACGAGGACGGCUACCGGCGUAAGAUCUCCAAGAGAUGCGAGGCGCAGCUUCAACGCGGAUCCGGCAGAUGCAGGAAAAUGUUUGGAGACGCCUAUGACAGGUGCUACGAGACAGUGACAUGGGUCGCCGGUUGGAUGCUCUGCUGGCCUAUGAAGCUCACAUUUGUCUGCGACAUGGCGCGGGCACUCGGCGGCGGCAACAUAUGCGAGCCAGACGGCCACAUCGACGUCGGCAUCGGCGAAGGCUACGUAGCUCUGAAAGAGACGAGGGCCAGACUGAACGCGAGUCUGAACGAUGCGACGAUCGAGUUCAAGUUCGAGGCGCGGCGGCUGGCGACGGGCGCGAGCGACGCGGCGCGCGUCGCCAACGACGUGCUCCGCGACUUCGAGGCGCGCAAGCGCCUCUUCGGCGGCCUCGUCGCCGCGAUCAAGCGCUGCCUGUCGCUCGUCUUCGUGAAAAUCGUCGUCGACGCCUCCAAGUACCAUCGCAACUACUUGCGGGAGAUCGAGUUCGAUAAUGUCUACAUCACGCCGUACUUCAAGCGAAUCGACGCGAGGAGAAAGGCGCGCGGCAGCUUGACGCUGCUGCCGUUGAAAAAACUCGAGAAGAGAGUGUUGAUCGAUCCGUACAGCUUGACGCAGAGCAAGGCCGAGAAGAGACAUUUGAUCGGCCAGUCGGCUAAACUCAUUCUCGAAGCUAUCACCGCCUCGACCUUCAUUUUGUUGGACAGAUUGUUGUUUGAAGUUCUGGACGUGGUCAAGCGACACGCGCGGAUUGAUAUUACUCAGCAAGGUCACCACGACAUGUCCGUGGAAGUGGCCGGGCGAGGCUUCGUAGCCAGCCUGAUCCGCAGCCUGAUCCGCGGCUUCAACGCGAAGCGCCGCAUCAAGAGGCUGGUGACGAACGAGGCCUGCCUGCCGCGCGCGAGCCACCUGCCGCGCCACGUCCUCGCCAAGAUCUACGGCACGUACGCGGCGAUCUGGCUGACGGUCCUGCUGCAGGCCUACAGCGAGCGCUCGCGCCGCACGAUCGCGGGCUUCUUCUACCGCAAGCGCGAGAAGCGCCGAGUGCUCUACCUGUACAACGAGACGCUGCGCCGUCGACUAGGCUUCCUGAAGUUCGCGCGCGCGCGCGUCGCCGAGCGCGCGCGGGCGCGCCACCUCGGCGCCGAGUUCGAGCUCGCGUCCGCGCUGAAGCUGCGGCUGCGGUUCCCCGGGUGGCUCGGCUGGCUGGCGCGCUUCGAGUGCGCGCGGGCGCGGUGCGUGGUGUGCGGCGAGGUCGAGGCCUGGCGGGCCGGGCCGGCCCGGGCGCACGAGCGCUGCGCCGCGCGCGACUGCGCGGCGGUGUACUGCCGGGACUGCUGGCGCGACGUGGCUCGGCGCUGCCUGGCGUGCGAGUACGACGCGGACAGCUCGUCGUCGCCCGGCGAGGCGACCGACGGCGACGAGUGA